CAGCGGUAAGGUGUUUGUGCAUUGAAACCCCUUUGCUGAUGUAUUGGGAAAUUGAGGGGGUUGGGAGCCGCACCUCCCCCGGGGCAUCCAAGGAAGAAAGAUGACGAUGGUUCGACGGUGUGUAUAGUUACUGUUUUGUUCAUCUGCUGGUAGAGAUUAUAGACCGCAAUGUUUUGCUUGAGAAGUACAGCUAUAGGCGGUCAAAAGGCAGUCGUCAGCACCGCGCUCGGUGGUCUCCGCGGUCUCCCGCUGGCAUCCAUCCGACAGAUCUCGAGCAGCGCGCAGGAGCAGCCGCUAGAUCUUCAGUUUCUCAAGUUUGGCCCGCCAAAGGACGCGGCGAGCACGAGUAAGACUGUUGCGCCGAUGGUGGUGUUGCAUGGACUGCUUGGGUCGAAGAAUAAUAACCGGAGUGUUUGCAAGCGGUUUGCAAAGGACAUGAACACGACCGUCUACGCUCUGGACCUCCGGAAUCACGGCGACAGCCCGCACGCUGCGAAACACGACUACAAAAGCCUAGCGCUGGACGUCGAGCACUUCAUCGACACGCACAUCCAGCAGCCGACGAUCGUGCUCGGCCACUCGAUGGGCGCGAAGACCGCGAUGGCGGUCGCGCUGCGCAGACCUGAGCUUGUGGAUAGUAUGAUCUCGGUCGAUAACUCGCCUGUUAGUGCGCGACUGAGUCCUGAGAUCCCGACGUAUGUGCAUGCGCUCAAGUCUAUCGAGCGCAUGUCUCUGCGGUCUCCGAAGGACGCGUUCGACGUGCUCGGCAAGUACGAGAAGAGCCCCGACAUCCGCCACUUCCUCCUCACAAACUCACUCGUCAAACCAGACGGCACAAUCGGCUUCCGCGUCCCUCUCGACACGCUCAUCAAGCAUCUCGACCAUAUUGCAGAGUUUCCUUUUGACUAUAACCAGACCCGGUUCGAGGGGCCGGCUUUGUUUGUGCGGGGUACUCAGUCAAAGUAUAUCCCUGAUGAAGCUAUUCCAACCAUCGGUCAAUUCUUUCCCAGAUUUGUAUUGAAAGAUGUUGAUGCUGGCCAUUGGCUGAUUUCCGAAAAGACUGCUGAGUUUGUCGAGAUUGUAGAGGACUUUCUUCUAGCAGAGUAAAUCAACAUACAACAUAUAGACAAUACUCCUACUUAGACUGUGAAUACAUUUACAUUUACAUUACUCAUAUCAUUAAUCCAAUUUUUUAUUAGACUUUUAGAGGUCUCCAUGUACACCAAUAACAU